AUGAACGAAUCUAAUUUUGAAGAAAAUGAAAAUUAUCAAGAAAAUUUUCAAAGUGAAAAUUCUCAAAGUAGAAAUUUUCAAAGUAGAAACUUCCAAAGCAAGAAUUCUUUAAAUGAAAAUUCUCAAGAAUCUACUUCAAAAAAAUCGGCUGGACGACCACUUGCAGGUGUUUGGCAUUUUUUUGACAAAGGUGUUUCUGUAAAAGAUCACUGUUCAAGAAAGUGCAAAGUAUGUGGAACUUUUUGGGCACGUGCAAAACCUGUAGAUUUAGAAGAACAUUUAGCUUUAGAUUGUUCGAAUCAAAAUAGAGAUGUUAUAGAUUUUUAUGCUCAAGUUGUUGCUAAUCGACAAAGUCAUAGCCAAGCAGUAUCUCAAGAAACUCUACCUGGUUCUAAUUUGAACAAAAGAAAACGUACACUUACAAAUAGUCAAACAUCAUUAUCUGAAUUUAUAGAAAGUACUAAAUUAACUUCACAACUAUAUCGUCAUAAAACAAGUUUAGAAGAAAUUUUAGAUCAAAAUUCACAUUUGUUUAAUAACAAAACAGGCAAAAUUAUCAAAACAUAUUUGAAGACUCGCGGAUUUUUUGAUAAUGUUUUAGAUGUUUCUACAGUUUUAAAGCCAAUUAAAGAUACUAUUACGUGUCUUGAAAGCAAAACAGCCAAUUUAGCUGAUUGCUAUUUGGGUUAUCUUAAACUAGCUAUCGCUAUUAAAAAUAUUUUACAAAAUCAUCAUUUAAUGUUUUAUCAAAAAUAUGUUUCAAUUUUUAAUGAAAGGUUUUAUAUGUUUGAUUAUAACGAAUAUUUAUUAGCAUAUUAUUUGCAUCCUCAGUAUCGUGGUGCUGGAAUUAAGCAAUCACAAUUUGCUCGUAUAGCUGGAAUUGCAGGCCAUUUAUGGACUAAAAUGGCAAGUUCUAGUGCAAAAAAAAGUGAUCUGGAAAUUUUAAAAGCACAAUUACGUCAGUAUACUUGUGAUGAAGAGCCUUAUAAUGGGUCUUAUGAAUCAACUAUUGAUACAAUUAAAUUGUUUUCAGUACGUCCUCAUGCUGCAAGUUGUGAGCGUGUAUGGUCACGUUGUGGAUGGUAUUUAGAAGAUCGGCAUAUUAAUUUAAGAACAAAAAAUCUUGAAUCAAUGGUAAAAAUAAGUUCUUAUUUAAUAUCAAAUACUAAACAAGAACUACAUUAUUAUGGAUUAGAUUUAACAGAAGAAGAAAUACAAACUGUUUUUCAAGAUAUUGAAUUGUUCUCUGAGGUUAAUGACGAAGAUGAUUUUGAUGAUUUUGAUAAUUCAACUAAUUAUAUUGAUCUGGAAAUUGAACAUCAAGACUUAGAACUUGAAAAUUUUAUAGAUUUAAAUAACAUAGAACAAGAUGUUAAUAACUUUGAUGAAGACCAAUUUGAUGCAGAGGUUGAAGGGUUAAUAUAUAGUACACAAUAA